AUGACUGUUUUCUUUUCUCUUUCUUUUCUUUUCUCUUUUCUCUUUUUUCUUUCUUUUACCCUCUCUCUUUGUUUUUGCCUCUUUCUUUUCCUCUCUCUCUAUCUUUCUUUUAUCUCCUUCUUUCUAUCUUUCUUUUAUCUCCUUCUUUCUAUCUUUCUUUUAUCUCUUUCUUUCUAUCUUUCUUUCUUUCUUUCUCUCUUUCUUUCUUUUUCUCUUUCUUUCUUUCUCUCUUUCUAUUCUUCUUUCUUUCUCUCUUUCUAUUCUUCUUUCUUUUCUCUCCCCUUUUCUUUUCUCUCUUUCUCUCUCUUUUUCUUUUCUCUCUCUUUUUCUUUUCUCUCUUUCUCUCUCUUUUUCUUUUCUCUCUUUCUCUCUCUUUUUCUUUUCUCUCUUUCUCUCUCUUUUUCUUUUCUCUCUUUGUCUUGCCCCUUCUCGUUCGUUCGUUUCUUUCUUUCUUUCUUUCUUUCUUUCUUUCUUUCUUUCUUUCUUUCUUUCUUUCCCCCCCCCCAAUCGAGAUCGCUUAAAACGGUGAAACUUGAUCAAUAUUUUUCUGUGGACCAGUGGGUUUCUCUAGUUGAAUAUAACUUUAUUUACUCUUUUCAUCUCUAUCUUUUUCUUCUUACACUCUUUCUUGAUCCGUUCUUUCUUUCUUUUUCUUAUAGUUUAACUAUUCUUCCUUUUCCUUCUUCCUCUCUCUUUUGCUCUCUUGCAAGCUCUCUUACACUUAAACCGUUUUCUCUUCCCUCUCUCUUUAUGCCUUUGCCAGUUACAAAGUCAGCUGAUUUGCGCGGGUCACCCACUUCGGAAUUCGGAACUGUGACCGAACAAACGCCACUUUUCGCCACAUUUUCAACGCGUCAAUCCUUUUUACGGAUUUUUAUUCAACUUCUUCUAUCUAUCUAUUUAUCUAUUUCUCUAUAUAUCUAUUUAUCUAUCUAUCUAUAUAUAUAUAUUCUCUAUCUAUCUAUCUAUCUAUCUAUCUAUCUUCUCUAUCUAUCUAUUUAUCUAUACACACAUCUGUUCUCUCUAUCUAUAUAUCUAUCUCAAUCUGUUCAUAUCUAUCUAUCUAUCUAUCUAUCUAUCUAUCUAUCUAUCUAUCUAUCUAUCUAUCUAUCUAUCUAUCUAUCUAAUCUGUUCAUAUCUGUCUAUAUAUCAUUAAAUCUAUCUAUCUAUCUAUCUAUCUAUCUAUCUAUCUAUCUAUCUAUCUAUCUCAAUCUGUUCUAUCUAUCUAUCUAUCUAUCUAUCUAUCUAUCUAAUCUGUUCAUAUCUGUCUAUAUCAAUCAUUAUCUAUCUAUCUAUCUAUCUAUCUAUCUAUCUAUCUAUCUAAUCUGUUCUAUCUAUCAUCUAUCUAUCUAUCUAUCUAUCAAUCUGUUCAUAUCUGUCUAUAUCAAUCUGUUCAUUAUCUAUCUAUCUAUCUAUCUAUCUAUCUAUCUAUCUAUCUAUCUAUCUAUCUAUCUCAAUCUGUUCAUAUCUAUCUAUCUAUCUAUCUAUCUAUCUAUCUAUCUAUCUAUCUAUCUAAUCUGUUCAUAUCUGUCUAUAUCAAUCUGUUCAUUAUCUAUCUAUCUAUCUAUCUAUCUAUCUAUCUAUCUAUCUAUCUCAAUCUGUUCAUAUCUAUCUAUCUAUCUAUCUAUCUAUCUAUCUAUCUAUCUAUCUAUCUAUCUAAUCUGUUCAUAUCUAUAUCAAUCUGUUCAUUAUCUAUCUAUCUAUCUAUCUAUCUAUCUAUCUAUCUAUCUAUCUAUCUAUCUCAAUCUGUUCAUAUCUAUCUAUCUAUCUAUCUAUCUAUCUAUCUAUCUAAUCUGUUCAUAUCUGUCUAUAUCAAUCUGUUCACUAUCUAUCUAUCUAUCUAUCUAUCUAUCUAUCUAUCUAUCUAUCUAUCUAUCUCAAUCUGUUCAUAUCUAUCUAUCUAUCUAUAUCUAUCUAUCUCAAUCUGGGGGGGGGGAUCAUAAUAUAAGACAUUACCAAAACAUGCUGAUUUUUGGCUUACCCCACUUCCUGCAGGACGGACGAUUGGUCUUUACCUCCUUCUGUGCCACUCUCCCCACCCACCGACGCGUUAUCCCUUAA